UUCGCCAUUGUUUUGCAACUUUUUGUUUUUGUUACUCUUCGGACUUCGGAACGAGAAGAAGAAGAGGAAGACAUCUCGCUUGGAAAUGAGUGGGCAUGAUUCCAAGUACUUCUCCACCACGAAGAAGGGAGAAAUCCCUGAACUCAAAGAAGAACUCAAUUCUCAGUACAAGGAUAAGAGAAGGGAUGCGGUAAAGAAGGUUAUUGCUGCCAUGACGGUUGGGAAGGAUGUUUCAUCUCUUUUCACGGAUGUAGUGAAUUGCAUGCAAACAGAAAACUUGGAGCUGAAAAAGCUUGUUUAUUUGUACCUUAUAAAUUAUGCUAAAAGCCAACCUGACCUUGCAAUUCUUGCAGUCAAUACAUUUGUGAAGGAUUCUCAGGACCCGAAUCCACUGAUUCGUGCUUUAGCUGUUCGAACAAUGGGAUGCAUUCGCGUUGAUAAGAUAACAGAAUAUCUAUGUGAUCCGCUUCAGAGGUGUCUUAAGGACGAUGAUCCAUAUGUUAGAAAGACAGCUGCUAUAUGUGUUGCUAAGCUUUAUGACAUUAAUGCUGAGUUAGUUGAGGAUAGGGGUUUUCUUGAAUCCCUCAAGGAUUUGAUUUCUGACAACAAUCCCAUGGUUGUGGCAAAUGCUGUGGCAGCUCUAGCAGAGAUUCAAGAGAAUAGUAGUAGACCAAUCUUUGAGAUCACCAGUCACACACUGUCAAAGCUCCUCACUGCACUGAAUGAAUGUACAGAGUGGGGUCAAGUUUUUAUACUGGACGCACUUUCUAGAUAUAAGGCUGCUGAUGCUCGUGAGGCUGAGAGUAUAGUAGAGAGAGUUACUCCACGGCUGCAACAUGCUAACUGUGCUGUUGUGCUCUCAGCUGUCAAGAUGAUUCUUCAACAAAUGGAACUUAUCACUAGUACUGAUGUUGUGCGAAAUCUUUGCAAAAAGAUGGCUCCUCCUCUGGUUACACUACUUUCUGCAGAACCUGAGAUACAGUAUGUUGCAUUACGUAAUAUCAACCUCAUAGUACAAAGGCGGCCUACGAUCCUUGCCCAUGAAAUCAAGGUGUUUUUCUGCAAGUACAAUGACCCAAUUUAUGUGAAGAUGGAAAAGUUGGAAAUUAUGAUAAAGCUUGCUUCUGACCGAAACAUAGAUCAGGUUCUAUUGGAGUUUAAAGAGUAUGCUACAGAAGUAGAUGUGGAUUUUGUCAGAAAGGCUGUUCGUGCCAUAGGCCGCUGUGCCAUUAAGUUAGAGAGAGCAGCUGAACGGUGUAUCAGUGUUCUGCUUGAGUUGAUCAAGAUUAAAGUCAACUAUGUUGUCCAAGAGGCUAUCAUAGUUAUCAAAGAUAUCUUCAGAAGAUAUCCUAACACCUACGAGUCUAUCAUUGCAACUCUCUGUGAGAGCUUAGACACAUUAGAUGAACCAGAAGCCAAGGCAUCAAUGAUAUGGAUAAUUGGUGAAUAUGCGGAAAGAAUUGACAAUGCUGAUGAGCUCCUUGAAAGCUUCUUGGAAAGUUUCCCUGAAGAGCCCCCCCAAGUUCAGCUGCAACUGCUAACUGCCACUGUAAAACUCUUUCUUAAGAAGCCAACUGAAGGUCCACAGCAGAUGAUUCAGGUUGUUUUGAAUAAUGCCACUGUGGAGACCGACAAUCCUGAUUUGCGGGAUCGUGCAUACAUAUACUGGCGUCUUCUAUCGACUGAUCCUGAGGCAGCCAAGGAUGUUGUGUUAGCUGAGAAACCGGUGAUCAGUGAUGAUUCAAAUCAACUUGAUCCAUCUCUUCUUGAUGAGCUUCUUGCCAACAUUGCAACAUUAUCCUCUGUCCCUCCUUUGCCUGUUUUACUACCAGCAGCAACUGGACAGGGUUUGCAAAUUAGUGCCGAGUUGACACGACGGGAUGGUCAAAUAUUUUACAGUUUACUCUUUGAGAACAACUCACAGUUGACACUUGAUGGGUUCAUGAUUCAGUUUAACAAGAACACAUUUGGUCUCGCAGCUGCUGGACCUCUUCAGGUUCCACCAUUGGCACCUGGGGCAUCAGCAACGACCCUACUGCCAAUGGUGCUGUUUCAGAAUAUAUCUGCUGGCCCUCCUAGUUCACUCCUGCAAGUUGCUGUGAAAAAUAAUCAGCAGCCAGUAUGGUACUUCAAUGAUAAAAUUUUGUUGCAUGUGUUCUUCACUGAGGAUGGGAAAAUGGAGCGAGGAAAUUUCCUGGAGACCUGGAGGGCACUACCUGAUUCAAAUGAGAUCCUUAAGGAGUUUCCUGGGAUUGUGGUGAGCAGCGCUGAUGCAACCAUGGACAGGCUAGCUGCAUCAAACAUGUUCUUUAUAGCAAAGCGCAAGCAUGCAAACCAGGAUGUUUUCUACUUCUCUGCAAUGAUCCCUCAAGGGAUACCCUUUUUGGUUGAACUCACGACAGUAAUUGGAAAUCCAGGUGUCAAGUGUGCAAUUAAGACUCCAAACCCUGAUAUGGCACUGCUAUUCUUUGAAGCCUUGGAGAUUCUCCUGAAGUCUUGAUUUGGAGGAUUUGAUAAUUCUUUUCCCUGUUAUAGUUAGAUAUCAAGAAGUUUUGUCAUUGUAUGUAGAAUCCAUCUCUGCCGCUAAAGAGGUUUUUGCUUCAAAUUCUUGUUAAUCUAAUUGUAUUUGCAUAUUUCAGGUUUUUUCUGGUGUCUCCAUUUUGGUUAGUGUGUUGUUCUUCUAUUAGUGAUUUUUUCCCCCCUUCUUUUUUUUUUUUU